GGUUGGUUUUGGGGGCGGGGUCCCUGUCACCGCCGCGCGGGGGCACUGCCCGCGCGCCUCCCCCUCCUCGUGCGAAGCUACCUCGUCGCCGCUCUUCCGUCUAGUCAGUCGGCUCUCAGACACGCAGUGCUCCGUUUUCACCGCCGCUCGAGUCUCCUCUCACCUGUAAACAGAUCCGUCAGCAUGGGGACCGGGUGCAUGACAGCCAGCAAGUACUUCCUGUUCCUCCUCAACCUCAUCUUCUUUCUUUUGGGAGGCGUUAUCUUGGGUUUUGGACUUUGGCUCCUCCUGGACAAUCAAAGCUUCAUCGUCAUCAUCAAUAACUCAACAGACGUGAAAGUGGCGUGCUAUGUCCUCAUCAGCGUCGGAGCUUUCUCCAUGCUCCUUGGUUUAUUUGGCUGCCUUGGGGCCAUUUUCCAGAUCAAGUGCCUGCUAGGAUUGUAUUUUACCUGCCUCCUGGUGAUCCUUGUUGCUCAGAUUGCAGCCGGCGUUCUCGUGUACCUGCAGAAGGAGAAGGUGAAUGAGCAGAUGUCCAAGAUUGUCGACAAGGUGCUGGGCAGCUAUGCAGGAAACAGCUCCAGGACUGAGCAGGCCUGGGACUUAAUCCAGAAGAAGAUGCAGUGUUGUGGCUGGAUGGGGCAGGAGGACUGGAACAAUAAUGCCGUCAUCCUCAACAGCUCCCAGUUGCUGUUUCCCUGCUCCUGCCAGAACCUCACCCUGACCGUUCAGAACAGAUCUGACAGCGGCUUCUGCGAGGCGCAGACGCCCGACUGGCCUGUCUACAAUGUGGGAUGUUCUGCCAGCGUGGAGAACUGGCUCAUCACCAACAUCGGGGUUGUCCUGGGGAUCUGUCUGACAGUGGCUUUGAUUGAGCUGCUGGGGAUGAUUCUGUCCAUCUGCUUGUGCAGAAACGUCGGCACUGAUUACAGCAAAGUGCCCAGAUUCUGAGGUCACCUCCUGAAACCCUGGAGAAGCUUCAAGUGGAAUUCUUCCUGCCAAAAAUGUCCAAAUGUAAAAUAAAUGUUUUUUGGUUGUUGUUGUUUUGUUUUUUCUUGUUAAGCCUGGUAAGUGUGGACCAGAGUUAUGUUGAGUGACGCCUGCCGGAGGGACUACUGUCUGCGACGUCUGCUUUUAGUCUCCCAUUAAAGUCUGAAACAUUAUUUUGGUCUGUGAAGAUAGAAAAAUGUCUGAGACUCCAGCUGAAAAACUUCAGCUGUUGGAGUUAUUUUAAGUUUUUUUACUUUUCUAUACCACUUUCUGCCAGACACUUGUAUUUCUUUGUAUAUAAUUUAAAUGAUUAUUUGUAUGAACCUGAUUCAGUCUUCUAGCUCUCUUAUUGGCUGCUGGAUUCUCCUUGAAUUUCAGUCACAUAUUUAUAAAUGUCCAAUCAAAGAUGCUAAACUUUAGUGAAACCAGCUGAUGGACAUUGUUUGAACUCAUUUUUGAUGAGACGGCCUUCUUUUAACCAGGCUCAAACCACGCUUAUGCUGACGUUUUUAAAUGAAUUGUGGGUAAGUUGAGUUUAUUUUUGAGCUGAUGCCUUUUUUUACUACAUUCCAUGAUGUCUUCAUGUACAGGCUGCAUGGAAACAUCCAUUAACCUGAUAAUAACCAGCUGAGAUCUGUGCUGUUGUGAAAACCUGAUCUUUCAUGUAAACUUACAUUCUGUGGCCAUUAAACGGGUUUAAACCAUC